AACCGCAUUGGCGGUGCUAAAUCCCGAUCUGGCUGCAAAACUUGCAAAAUACGAAGGGUCAAGUGUGGCGAGGAGAAGCCAAUAUGCCUUCGCUGCUCCAGCACCGGGCGCAAAUGUGAAUAUGGCGACCCUAUAACAUCCUCCCCCGCUUUUGUAUCCCUACAUACAGCGCCUCCUAGCUACAGUAUGAGGGUGUCACCGAAUAGCGGUUGCAACGAGCGCCGUGCCUUUGAAUAUUAUAUCCAGCAUGCAUCAAAUGGACUUGGUGCCGGGAUGAACCUCGAUUUCUGGACAAAAGUGGCCCCACAAUUCUGCCGUACCGAGCCUGCUGUAUGGGAUGCCAUAAUCUCAAUCAGUGUCUUAUACGAAUAUCCUGAUCAGUGCCUGGACUUACCGCUCCUGAAGCUGCAACGUGAAAAGAAGCGGGGUCUUAAUCAAAUCCAACGAGAGGCCUUGAGAUGGUAUUCUCGCUCCAUAUCCAGCAUCCACUCCCAGAUUGUGCGCGGUAGAGCAGAUCCAUAUGUCGCACUGAUUAGCUGUGUGCUAUUCAUUUGUAUAGAGGCUAUUCAAGGCCGUGUGACAGAAGCUCUUCAACUUUACGAGCAAGGUGUCAGUUUGAUCCUUACAUUACGACAUCAAGUUGCCGCUGGGACACCCCUCCCCCAUAAGGUCCUACUUCUAGAGAAUACUAUCAUACCCCUGUUUUUACGGUUGGGCUCCAUGUCCUUGACUAUACCAACGGUUCAAGCCAGCGAGAUUUUUGCCUUUGCUAGCCACGACUUAUACACAAAGUUCACAUCUCUUGAUGCAGCAAGAACUGCGAUUUCUGUUUUGUUUUCAGAGGCCACGCUCCUUGAGCGAGAGGCAUUGCCACAUCGCAGAGCAACCAUCAGGGAUUUGGUUGCAGGGGCGCAUUUGGUUGCCAAGCAACAAUCCAUCCAAACACAACUAUACCAUUGGCUCCAGGCUUACACAAAUCUCUGCCAAAACGGCGCCCGGGCCCAACCCGUACUCCUAGCAUACCAUGCUGCUACUUCAAUAUACGUCUCUGCAUGUUUGUCGCAGCAGGAAUUGGUCUAUGAUUCCUACAUGGCAGACUUCGCCAUCAUUGUUGAGAAUGCAAGUCUAGCCCUCGGAGGAGGUCCAGACUGUGUCCAACCACCAUUCACCUUCGAAAUGGGCCUGGGUCUCCCAUUAUUUCUGACUGCAAUCAAGUGCCGCGAUCCACACCUGCGGCGGAAAGCUUUGGGACUACUACGUCAAGCACCGCCGAUUCAAGCGUUUUUCACGUGCACCCCUGUAGCUUUCAUGGCAGAGAAAUGCAUGGACAUAGAAGAGGAUUAUAGCCGUUCCAUCGCCCUCACACAUGAUCCACAUGCCUUGGAUCCGUCUCCCCAAUGCUGCGUUUCAGACUCUUCUCCAUGCUAUGCACUGGAGCAUGAAUCUACUUGUGAAUUGUCUACCCUUAUUCCUGAAGAGGCUCGCAUAUGUUACCAUAACGUUUUACCACCUCAGGACGGAUAUCCCCCAGGGGCGGAAGGAGACAUUGCUGAAGAUGGUCUUGGCUCAAAUCAGAUCUUGGAAGUCUUCCGGAACCACUUUGAUAAAGUUCACAACAUAUGGCGCAUGAUUUCCCACCGUGUGCCGCUAUAG